AGCUCGACUCAUUGACAGCCUUCCCCCUCAGGCCUCAGGGCUCAGGGACGGCCUCAGGCUCAUCUCUGUUUCCUCCCCCCUUUCCCUUCUUUCUCACUCUCUCAUCCCUUGCUCUUCCUUCCCUGGCGGCGCCAUUCGUCACGUCUUCGCCCAGCCCUUUGCCGGCGACGAGAAUCCACACCAGGUGGAUGUCGAUUGGUUGCAUAGUUGAAGACUACUAACUUCUUUGAUCCUGAGGGGAAGAAGUAAUGAUCCGCCCAGGCUCUAAGGAGUCACAAAAUUAUGAUAAUAAUAACCAAAAGGUUCAUCCUCAACCAAUCGAUGAGAAUAUGAAUCAGAACGGGGACUCGAUGGACACUAUGAUCGGGAGGAUAUUCAACAACAUAUCCUCUUUGAAAUCUGCAUACAUUCAACUGCAAGAAGCCCACACCCCAUAUGACCCUGACAAGAUCCAGGAAGCUGAUAAGCUUGUCAUAGAGGAGCUUACAAAGCUUUCAGAACUCAAGCAUGCUUACAGAGAAAAAAAUCCCAAGCCUGUAGCAGCAUCCCCUCAAGAUUCACGCUUACUUUCUGAAAUACAAGAGCAGCAGAAUUUGUUGAAGACCUAUGAGGUCAUGGUAAAGAAGUUCCAGUCCCAGAUCCAGACUAGAGAUACUGAGAUUACCCAUUUACAGCAGCAAAUAGAUGAAGCUAAACUUCGAAAGUCAAAGCUGGAGAAGAAACUGAAACAAAGGGGCCUGCUUAACAAGGAAUCAGAGGAAUCUGACGAAGAGGAGAACUACUUUUCCAUUGAAUUGACACCAAGUUUGUUUACAUCUGCUGUUGAUAACGCAUACCAGUCGAUGCAUGACUUUUCAAAGCCUUUGAUCAACAUGAUGAAGGCUGCAGGUUGGGAUCUUGAUGCAGCUGCUAAUGCAAUCGAACCUGCUGUAGUUUACACAAGAAGGGCUCACAAGAAGUAUGCUUUUGAAUCCUAUAUUUGCCAAAGAAUGUUCAGUGGGUUCCAAGAAGAGAGCUUUUCUAUCAAAGAUUCUAACAUCAGUGUAUCCAAUGAGGCUUUCUUCCAUCAGUUCCUCGCCGUACGAGCCAUGGAUCCUUUGGAUGUCCUCAGCCAAAACCCUGAUUCAAUUUUUGGCAAGUUCUGCAGAAGCAAAUACCUACUACUCGUGCACCCCAAAAUGGAAGGUUCUUUCUUCGGUAAUAUGGAUCAGAGGAACUAUGUCAUGAGCGGUGGCCAUCCAAGGACACCUUUCUAUCAGGCUUUUCUAAAGCUAGCGAAGUCAAUAUGGUUGUUGCACAGGCUGGCAUACUCCUUUGAUCCAAAGGUCAAGGUCUUUCAAGUGAAAAAGGGAAGUGAAUUUUCGGAUAUCCACAUGGAUAGCGUUGUGAAGAACAUCAUCCUAGAUGAAAGUGCAGAGAGGCUGAAAGUUGGCCUGAUGGUGAUGCCUGGUUUCUUGAUUGGGACCAGCAUCAUACAGUCCCGGGUGUACCUUUCAGGUAUCAAGUGUGCUGACUGACUGAAGAUGCCCUGCACCAGUAACACCAGGAGGUUGAGGGUCCUUGCAUCUUUGGGAUAUCGACCAAUAUGUCUUUGUGUCUGUCUUCUAUGUGAUGCUUCCUGUUGUCUCUCCAACAUGCUAUUCCUCUUGAAAUGUGGGCAUCGAUGCCUUUGUGAAGAUAUCCAUGAGCUAUGUAAUUCUGUCCAAUUGGCUUGUCGUUUUCAGGACCAUAAUAUAUUUUGGUUUCUCAAUGUUUGUGCUAUUGUAAUUCUGCCCGAUGUCAUAAACAUGUUAUCAGUGUGAUUGAUGAUUGUACAGGCAGCCACUUUCAUCUCACACGUUUUUGCCCAGUCAGGUGGUUUUAUUGUA